GGUGUGGCUGGUGAGGCGAGGCUGCAGGUGAUCCAGCCUGACAAGUCAGUGUCUGUUGCAGCCGGACAGACAGCCACUCUACACUGCACCCUGACUUCCCUGCUCCCCACAGGGCCGGUUGAGUGGUUCAGGGGGACAGGGCCAGGUCGGGAGUUAAUCUUCAGUUUCAAAGGAGGCCUCUUCACCCGAGUGACAGAGAUUUCUGACCGCACAAGGAGAAACAACAUGGACUUUUCCAUCCGUAUCAGUAACAUCACCCCAGCAGACACCGGAACCUACUACUGUGUGAAGUUCCAGAAAGGGACCCCUGAUGAUGUGGAGUUUAAGUCUGGACCAGGCACCCAGGUCACUGUGAGCG